AGCGAAUGAGUUUGUAUCUUGUUCUUUAGAGGCACAAACUUAAUUAACAGUUUUGAAAAACUUUCAAAAAUUUACUAUCUUGCCUUUGGUACAGAAUUUUUGUAAUGGAAAAUAAAUUUUGGCAAAAGUAAAAUUAUCUAAUUCCCGUCUUCCCAUCUUGUUCUACACACCAAAUCAUGUACAACUUGGCCUCUUUGCCAUCGAGUAUUGUCUGACGGACCAUUAAAGUAAAUGAAGCACUAUAGUGGUACAAUUAACACUACUUCCCCAGGUUCCUAUAAAACAUUUUAGAAAAGGUUUAAUCAGUAUAAUAAACAGCUGUGGGUCCCUUACCUAGGAGCACAGUGGCUGAGAUUCAGGGAGCAUCUUCCCCUUUGCAUCCAACUUUUGCAAAUUUUGGACUUCUGUUGAAAUGAUAGAUACUUUUAAGCUUCCUGCAGAAAUUGCUGGAACCCUUAAUGUUUCUGAAACCAAGUGGAAUCGCAUCUUUACUCACGCAGAGCUGCAGAAAUGCUUAGCAUUUGUAGUUGUGUAUUUUUUACCCGAGGAAUUCUUAUACCGAAUAUCACAUAGUUUAGUGCGAUUCCACUUGGUUUCAGAAACAUUAAGGGUUCCAGCAAUUUCUGCAGGAAGCUUAAAAGUAUCUAUCAUUUCAACAGUACUCUUAAAUUUGAAGGCAUCACAAUUUUCGACAGCUUUCAAGACUUUCAGACCGCCCAAAGUCAGAUCGGCUACCGAUGAAUAUCGUGCAGUUAGAAACUUAACGAGGAAAAAACCAAGUGUUUUGUUCAAGAAAAAAUUCGAGACCAAAUCACAGCGAAAAGUACGGCAAGGAUACAUUCUGGCGUCAUUGGUUGCAAUCGUAAUGUCGUUGGCAAGUAAGGCCGCAAGCCUAAAGUUGAAAAAGAUUCCCUUGCCUAUAUUUUUCUCGUAAAAGCUGCUUGGAAAAAUAGGGGGAGCAAUUUCCCCAUAAUAAAAACUGUUACUUAUUAUAAAUUUAAAUUUCAAAAGUGAUAACUGUGAGAGCCCCUUUUUUUCUUCCCAUAACACUACACCCUUGUUUUAUAAACCUGUCGAAUAAUUUUUAGAUUUUAUAAAUAUCAAGGACAUUUUAUAAAUAUUUAUAUGGGGUUAGGGAUGGGGCUCUAAAAAGAUAGUUUGAUCAGUUCUGGAAACCCUGUUAUGAAAAUUCAUUCGUCAUUUGUCAAUUAUAGGUGACUCGAUAUUGUUAAGUUUAUCUAGAUGAUACAUCACUUUUCAAUCAAACAUCGACGCAACACCCUCAUUCUCAUGCCUCGAACAUGCCAACAUAUGCACCUAGUAACGACAAGAAAACCCAUAUUCGUUUUCAUUAGAAAUUAGGUAUUAAGUACUGACCAAGACAUUGUCUCGAUCCAAUUUUUUAUUAAGAAAAAGAGGCCUGAUUUUCAUCAUACGUCAAAAUGCAGCCUCCAUCUGUAUCGCAUGGCUUUAAUUUGACGUCAUAUCGAAAGACAAUUAUAAUGCACACUUAAUCAGUCUCACAUUAGUCUUCGCAUCGAGAGUAUCAAACGAACACGAGUUUUUAUUCGACUAGAAAAUAAUUCUACGAAAGUAGUUGCAGAAUUCACGCAAACAUUUAUUGAGAAAGAAUCAUUUAUACCAAAGACGUUGGCUAUUUGCAAAACCUUAAAAAUGAACACGUUCUGGAAAGUUGUCCAAACAACAGUCACGUUUGGAGUGGUUGGUUACGCCGCCUAUCUUUGGUAUGACAACUGGCGGGAAGAGCAACGAGAGGCUCAACUUCAAGAGGAAGAAGAGGCGAAUGCAGCAGCAGAGGCUGCAGAGAAGAAAGGAAAGGCUUCUUUCUCUAGUCAAGAUGGAGCUGGCAAUCAGGAAAAGAAGAACAACGAAAAGACAGCCAAGGAUUCGACAAAGGCCGCAGGGAAGAGAAACUCGCAGGGCUUUUGCGGGUUUAAAAAAGGCUUUCUUCUUAAAUGAAAGGUAAAAUUUAUUGUUAAUUUUCAUACUGCUUUCAUACUGCAUUCAUACUUUUUAACAGAUAAGACCGCAGCCAUUUCAAGUAAGAACUGCCUCUUUUUUAUUGCAGAUUUCAAAUCAAUUUCGCAUUCUUAUUUUAUAGGCAUAUCAAGAAAAGAAGUUUACAGAUGAAGAAAAAACAUUUAAAAAUAAAAAUUGGCAGCAGGUGGAAUUCCAUAUGAUUUCCUCUAGCAUCUAUCUCCCCUUGUUGUGUAUUUUCGUGAAGCAGAUAGGGCUUCUUGAGGACACAGUGAUGCUCAAUUUUUGGGGCACGCUUUUCUAAAAACAUGGAGAGGGGGCACAAUCCAAUCACUUUUACAAAGUAUAAUCCGUGAUGUCAUGCCCCUAGUUAAAUCGUUUGUUCUGAUCCACCAAGAAGUACAACCCGUGUAUUUACUGGGCAGAAGAACGACAGCUAGUUUUGAAAUGACCGAGGCAUGUAUGGAUCAGUCACUUCAAGACUUCCUGUCGUUCGUCUACCCAGCAAAUAUGCCGAGAGGAACAAAAUAUGCACUUUCAACGCGCCUUGUCGGCAUUCUGUGUCCGAUAGUAGCACAGAAUGCUGCAGGCCCCAUUGCCUUCUAUGGUCCCCCAUUGAAAAGCCUCAUUCAACUUUUAUUCAACAUAGCAAUGUGAUAAUCUUUUUUGAAAGUAGAAAGGGGGACCAACUAGCAGGCCAUCAGAUGUCAUCUCAUUAAAAGGCUGAAAGUUUCACGACAAAUGCAAUAAUGCCAGCUGUACAGACUUAGCAUAUCUUCCUUGUUGUGUUUAUAUGUCCUCUAAUUUAGGCU